AAGGUGACAAUUGUAGGCGCAGGCCUGGGCGGUCUUACUGCUGCCAUCGCCUGUCGACAUGGAGGCUUCGAUGUCACCAUAUUAGAGCGGGCGCCGAAGAUAGGUAAUGUCGGUGCUGGCAUCCAAAUUCCUCCCAACAGUGCCCAAACUCUAGGCAGAUUGGGCGUGCUUCCGCAGAUUGAAAAAGUGUCGACAAUAGUGGAAUCAUUUGACAUGAGAAGAUAUGCCGACGGUUCGCUACUCGCUAGUAAACCCUAUGGGCAGGCUUCAGUCGGACUAUAUGGUGGUCAUUGGAGGGUUAUUCACUGCGAGGAUUACCAUACCAUACUGCUCGACGAAGCUUUGCGACUGGGCGCCACGCUCCAGCGCGACGCUCAUGUGGAAAAUAUCAACGUUGAAGGUACCGAGAUUGCCAUGAUGGACGGCUCAACGAUGCAGGCCGACGUGGUUAUCGGAGCAGAUGGUGCGGACCCUAUCAAGUUCGUCAAGGCCUUCGUGUCCAGACCCUCUUUUCCCACCGAGACGGGAGAUCUUGCCUACCGUGCGACCUUCAGCCGUUCUCAGCUUGAAGUGCUGAACAAUCCCCGUGUUGACGAGUUGUGUGCGAAGAAAGCUGUCACCGUUUGGUUUGGUCCCGACAAACACUGCGUCUUCUACCCCAUCCGGGCGGGAAGUGAAUUCAAUCUGGUCUUGCUAAGACCGGACAAUCUUCCACACGGCACUCGAUCCUCUGAAGGGGAUAUAUCUGAGAUGAGAGCCACGUUCGAUGGCUGGGAUCCAAUUCUCACGGCCCUCAUCUCGUGCAUUUCCUCUGUCCUUAAGUGGAAGUUGAUGCACCACGAGGAGCUGGAGACCUGGGUGCAGGGCAAUGCGGCGUUACUAGGCGAUGCAUGCCAUCCGACGCUCCCUUACCAAGCUCAGGGCGCUGCCAUGGCUGUCGAAGACGGUGCCGUUCUUGGGAAUCUCCUUAGUGAGUACAAAAAAGAUCUUGAAAGCCCGGAUACGAAGCUGCGUCAUUGUCUGGAACCGACAAUACUACAUCUCUAUGAGGAGAUGCGCAAGCAGCGUACUACUCUGAACGUAGCCGGCGCAGAACAGAACCGGAUAUUCUACCACUUAAACGACGGCCCGAAGCAGCAAGAACGUGAUGCUGAAAUGGCAAAUUUCGAUUUUGCCACUGGACGCUCUUCCUACACUUGGCUGGAUUCGGAAUACAAUAAGGACCUCUUGAGUUAUGAUGCCACGGCCGACGCUAGGGAGGUGUAUCGCAGGCGGUAUGAAGAUCAAAUCUCGCAGGACAGACAAACGACAAUACGUGGAGACGGCUCUAUGGCUUCGAAGCCUGCUUCGGGACAUCUAUAGGGCACAGCAUCAAGGAAGGGUUUGCAGUUUCAACGGGAGGAUGACUACGUAGGACAUAGAGUUUCCACUACUGGUCACCAUCUCUGAGGUCUUUGAUGGCCC